AUGACUUCUUCAUGCUUUUCUCCCCUAGAGCCCCCAGUCCCUCCAAGAACCCCUGAAUCCCAGGCCUCCGCCGGCCCACCUCCUCCCUCACCCCCACAUCUUACGGACUCAGCCUUACCACCCUCUCCCUCAAGUCUCCAGACCCCUAUUCCCCCACCACCACCACUGCCACCUCCACCCCCUGUCACGGGUGCUGCUCCCCAUCAUGUCUUUGGCCUGGAAAAGAGCCAGCUUCUGAAAGAGGCCUUGGAGAAGGCCGACCCAGUCCCCAGCAGCAGAGAAGAUGUGAAGAGGCUCCUAGAGCAUCACAAGGACCAUUUCAGAAGUGACUUGCAGUGGAUCCUCAUCUGUACAGACCUACCCUCCCUCAUAAAAGAAGGCCCUCAGUGUGGGCUGGUGGACCUGUGGAUGGCAGGCACUCUCCUGGUGCCACCCAGAGGUAUCCCCCUGGAGAUACUCAUGCAGAUGGCCAUGGAGAGAGGCUACACGGCCCAGGGAGAGAUGUUCUCCGUGGCCGACAUGGGCAGGCUGGGAGAGGCACUGGGCUGCCAAGCUGAGCUGCUCCAGGGAGGCCUGGGUGGUCCCAACAGAGACUGUGUGCUGCAGCACCUUGUCACUGGACAUCCCUUGCUCAUCCCCUACGAUGAAGACUUCAAGCACGAGCCAUAUCGGAGAAGGGGCCACAAGGCCCACUGGGCAGUGAGCGCAGGGGUCCUGCUGGGUGUGCAGGGUGUGCCAAGCCCCGGCUAUGCUGAGGACCCCGAGCUGCCAGGCCUAUUUCACCCAGUGCCCAGCAUGCCCCACCAGCCACCAUCCCUGCCAGAGGAAGACUCGCUGGGAGCAGUCUAUCUUCUCUCCAAGCAGGGCAAGAGAAGGGGCUAUGACCAAGUUCGGGAUAGCAACCUGCAGCUGACGGACUUCUCACCCUUUCGGGCCACUGAUGGCCAGGCAUAUGUGGUGCCUGCUGGUGGGGUACAGGCUGGCCUUUGUGGCCAGGCCCUGCUCCUCAGACCACUAGCCUGCUGCAGCCCUGAACUGGAGGUGAUGGGGCCCAGACCCCAGCUUUUCCCUUUGUGUGACCACCUGAGGGUUUGA